AAUUUUUUAUCCAAAUAAUAGACCUUUUUUUUUAUUCAUUUUUCACUCAUGUGCCUCUUUUCAUGUCUUUGCUCAUAUUAUCUUCUUCGUUUAGAUUUGUAAUAAUUUUUUAUUAUAAAAGGCUACGAAGUGAAUAUGGAAAAUUCGAAGAAUUCGAAUGUGAAAUGUGUAUUUAAUAAAACAAGAAUAAGUAUAGAAAAUGUUGAUAAAUGCCAAAAUUUUAAUAAAACUGGAUUUUUAUAAACUCAUUACCUAAAACUAAAUACUCCUGAAAUUCCUCCCGAAGGAGAAGUCUUCCCUCUCCUUGUUGAGGACCUCUGUUUACAGGAUUGGCUGCCCAAGCGCCCAAGUGAUCCAAUCAAUGGCUUUCGUUUUAUUAUGUUUUUAACAUUGCUUUUGGUGGGUUUUUAACAUUGCUUUAGUGGUAUAAAGGAGUUGAAUUGGAGCCAGUAGGCUCUUCUCUGAAGAAUAUGCAAGAAUGUGUAUUAUAGAAUUGUGCAUGUCAUACUCGUAGACGUUUUUGGUCCGUAUUCGUUAUUUGUGUAUGUACAGACUCGUUAUACUCAGUGGUACAGGCAUUGCUCGUCUUUCAUUUGAAAUUAAGCGAAGGAAUGAUGAAUGAUCCGAGUAAGCAGUUGGAUGAUGAUGCGAAACUUAAGAAUAUUAUAGGCAAACUGAAAAAUUUUGGUACUAUUAGUGAUGACCAGAAGUUUGGUGAAAUGAUGACGAAGCCAGGACCAAAUCGCUAUAUCCUCAUAGAACAGAUUCUUUCUAAGUUAAAGUAUCCUGUUCCUGAGUCUUGUCACAUUUCUGAUGAGGAAAAGUUAAAAUAUUUGCAUCUUACUUUGUCCAAUUUAGGCAUCUGUGAAAAGAAUGAUGAUGGUGUCAUUAAAGGUACAGCUCCAUUUAGCCAGCAAAUGAAUUUUUGGGAGAGAAUUAUUGAUAUUCUUUGGAUGAAAUCUACAAUUUUAUCUAGCUCACUCAAAAGUGAUGAAAGUUACACUUCAGGAAGGAGAAAAAUUUCUGUAGCCUAUGAAGAAACAUGUAGCUACAUCAACAAACUUUGUAACUCUGUAGAUUUGAAUAUCUUGUUUGAUGAAAAAGUACAACUUUUUCCACUUAGUCUUGAAAAAUCAAUUGAGCAGAGCUCAGAAACAUGCAUAAAUGACCUAGAUAUUCAUAAUCUAAAGCAUUCCAGAAGUACGAGGCUGGAAGAACAGUAUAGUGAAGACUGUGGAGAAAUGUUGGCAAAAGGCCUUUCCAUGCCGAAAUGUGAAGAUUUAUUCAGUGAUUCAGAUGAUGCUAUAAUAAAAUUGGAAGAAAAGCUCGAUCAUUGCAUAGAUGAGCUCCAGUUUUGUGCUCAAAAUAAUUUCAAAGAUCAUUAUGAUACUUUAAAAAGCUACACAUCAGCCUCAUCUCCUUCUGAGGUAUUAAAUAUAGGUCCCAAAUUUAAAAAAGUUGUACCAAAAAUGGCAUCUCUGUUACAGAACAUUGCUUCUGCUUCUAAGGAAUGUUCCAAAAAGGCUAAAAACAGAAACAAACUCAGCAGAGUACAAACAGCUACAUUAAAAAAUUCAUUGAAAAUAUUGAAAAUUUCUGAUUCAAAAUUGAAAGAUGUUGUCUAUGAUGUAAAAAGUCUUGAGAGCUCAGAUAACGUAUUGACAGGUAAGUAAAAUUUAAACUACUUU